ACGAAUUUCCCGCCAGCUGUCAAAAAGUCUGUUGCUGAGGCUGACAAAUUAAAUGUUCAAAUGGUUGAUAAACAAAGAACUUUGUUGGGAAAGCAGCCAGCCCGACUAUUGCUGGUGGAUGCCUCCCACCAUCGCAUGUGUGAUGCCGGUAUAGACGUGUGCACAGCAUUGGACAAUGUGCUUUCUUUGGCAUGCAACUUCAAUGGGCCUACAAGAAUACCAUUUCUUAGUAUCAUGUGUUUACAGAAGCAUCCUGAGAUGCUUCUGCCUUUCUCCUAUGUGAGGAACAACUACACGAGACUGCAGGCAGCUGUGUCUGAUCUGCGUAUCAGGCUGGAUGGUCAUGUGACUCGCCCCUCUGAGGUCCUGCCCUCGUACUUCCAGGCUCUAGCUGAGGCCUGCACCCAGUACCAGAGGCAGAUACAAUCAGCUACACAGUCAAGUGGUUUCUGCCAUCAGUUGGAGAUAAUCUUGUUGACCUGCCAGAGUAGUAGACUAGUACAGAAAGGUGUUGACAUGGCUCUCACUUCCAUCGAUACUGAUAGUCUUAAGAGUAUCCAGGUGGUGUGCCUGAGUGGUGCCAGUCUAUUUGGCGAGGAAGACAUAUUUGCAUAUGGGAGCCAGUCUAGUGAGAGCCUCUCGGACCCCUCUAGUGAAUCCAGCCUUAACUCACUCAUAGAGGUCAACACCAUACAGCCUGACUUGCUUUGCCUACAGAACCUGUUCAUGGGCUGGUUGACAGAUUCAAGCACAGACAGUGAACACCUACACAUCCUCCUUCCAGCACCACAAUACUCUUGUACCAAUACAUACUCUGCUGAAUCCUGUCUUACAAUAAAGUGUGACAUCCAUGAGAGAAUCCUCCAGCCAGCUCAACUUCCAAGCUACUGUCAGUUUAGCCUGCAUGCAGACUCGAGCUUGAUGAAGGUGGUAUUCCCCAGCACCAGUAAAGCUGUUGGUCUGAAGAUCCCAGUCCACAGGCUCAAGGUCCAGGCCAUCCUCCCUGUUAGCCACAUCUGUGACUCUGUUGUGUUUGGCAUGCCCAUGAUAGCAAAUGCGACCUCUUGCUGGCGGAUUGACUGGGAUGAAUUAGAGAGAAACCAGCAGUUGUUCUACACACUCAGUCACACCCUCGCAUCACAGGAGCAAGCAUUACUCGCCAAACUGUUACCACCAGAGCCAACUCAGGGCCAUGGAAGAACUGUGCGGGGAAGUACAAGCCCAGAGAGCCAGCCCUGUGGUCACUUUGUGCUGGUUCCCUCUGGGUCCGGUACCCUGCUUGUGAAGGCCGUGGCCACCAAGGAACUCAUGUUGCCCCACAAAGCUGGGAGACAGAUGGAGGAACCAGUACAGGAAUGUAUGGAAAAGAUCUGCUCAAGUCUGGAUCAGCUUGUAGCCCUGGAAGCAUACAACCCACUUCAGCACAGUUCUGACAUUUUUGAAAGCCUUAAAUGCUGUGGUAAAAAGCCUGGACCUCAGAGACAGAAAAGACCUCUUGAUGAGAGUCCCCAUCCUGUUGCAAGCAAGGUGUCAGUUAAAGGUGGGCGUAAUUUGAAGAAGCAGCCAGUGGUUCAGUCUACCUCAUCUAUAGAGCAUGACCCCUUGGCUGACACACCACCUUCAGAAAGGAUAGAGAACAGAACGGGCAUGAAGCUUCCUAGACGGGCCUUAUACACCCAGCCCCACACAAUGUUCACGGCAGAAACAUGGGAGCCCCCUAACUCUCAUUCUGCGGAUAAAAUCGGCUCUUCCAGGUAUAGGCAGGCUUCGCUGAAUUUCCCUUCAGAACUGUAGCUGGAUUGUUUGAAAAUUUUGAACUACAUAUAUUCACAUGUUCAUAAUGUUAUAAGAAUAUGAACUGUUCCCUUUAUGGACUUGAUACGAUGUGAUAAUAUUAUUAAAUGAUCUUGUUACAGUUAUGUUUCAGAAAUAAAUUGUUAAAGCAACGUCUUGCAGUAUACGAUAGUGCCAUAUUAGCAGGACAGCCUUCAUACAUACAGACUGUACAUACUAGGGAGGCUAUUACUUCAAUCAAUACCAAUAAAAUAAUCAUGAUAGGACAUAGAUAUACAAGCAGCAAACAAUCAGGUCACUUGGAAAAAGUGAUACAUUUAGGCGUUACAGGGACGAUCAUAAACAUGGUAAACACUAUAAGAUAUCUUGAAAGAGAAUGCUAGUUUGCAAACAGUGAACCCUUUAUAAAAUGAAGUGGAGAAGAAACAAAAACAUUUUUUAAAGAAAAGAAUAUACGAAAAGGAAAAGAGAAAAGUAUCGCCGAAGAAAUUUUUGCUUCCAAAACGGCAAACGACUCAACCGGCGACCACUGGGUUAUUAACAAGGCACUCUAGUUACUACGUUACAAAGC